AUGUCCGUCAAAGCAUCAUCUGGACCCGCCAAAUCCUCAAACACUGCGCUAUUCCUCACCAACCUCCGUUUGCUUGACCUAGAUCUCCGUGACGACUGGCCAGCAAUCACCGCGCAAACAUUCACCACCCAGAACGCCCAACAGAACCAGAAGAAUCGGAUUAGAUGUGUAGAAUGGGCCUUAUUUCGCCUGUUCGAGUUGUGGGAUGCCGAAGAGACGCGGGAGAAACUUCAUCCCUUCUUCCCACCUCUCGAACCUCUUCAAUCCCUAAACCUACGCGCCGCCAUGUACCGCUCCCUCAACGAGUUGAAGAAGAAUGGAGUACUCGGUCGGACGUCAGUUCUCCGGAAGACUAUGCUAGACGAAUGCAAGGACGAGAAGCUCAUGGAAUUGUUAUUGGUGUUUUCGACUGCGGUCCUGAAGAAAAGGAUAGCUUCGACAAGGAAACGUGGCCCCAAGAAGGACACAGUUGCGAAGACUCUGGCUACGGCACCUUUGCUUAAUGUCAGUGAACAGAGCUCCUUGCUGCCGUUAGCAAUUGCGCAUAAAGCUAGUCUACAGGCGGCACUGGCGAAGAAAGAAGUCCAGAGGAAACGAUACGUGGAGUUCUCCGAGUUACUAGACACCAAGGCCGAUGAUAUCAACCAGCGUAUUGAGAACUGUCGGGAAGAAAAACACUCGGGUCGUAACUUUUCCAAGAACGUCGAUACAGCGUCUGUCAAAAGGCAACUCCGCGAGAACUGGUCUGGGGAUGCUAAAUGGAUAGACGCUAUGCUUUAUGGGGAUGACGAGAAGUCAGACGACGUCUUUCUCCAAAAGCCAUUCAAAGAUAUCUGGCCCAGAGUCGAAAAAGGUGGCACACUGCAAGGUCAGGGUAUGCAUGAAGGGUUACUGGAGAGCCUAGAAGCUCGCGUGAAGCAGCAACAGAGCCGGAUUAGUCGAUGGCAGGAGUUUCACGAUCAAAUCAAAUCACACCCGUCAUCUGCCAAGGAUACGAAGUCGCCUCCUCGCAAAGAGAACGCGGCUCCGAUUUGUGCAUUUGAUGCCCAUGUGGAGUUACAAAUAGGCAAAUUCAGGGACGAGGUUGCUGCGAAUAGCACGCGGGCAUCCCAAACAUACCAGGAUAUUAUUUCUGAGAUGAAUGACGAGCUUUCGAAAGAGUCCAAAUUACGCCGAGAUCGCGCAGCAAUAUCACAUUCACGUCGCGGCUCUCGGUCUAGAUCACCUAUCAAAAGGACAAAAUCCCGAUCCAAUUCUAUACCAAAGAAGCCUCUGGAAGUAGCCAUUGAAGUCAAGCCAGCUGCGAAGCCAGCUCCGAAACCACCACCGAAGAAACAGCCAUUCGACAAAGUUCCAGUCCUAGCUCGCAAAUACGAACCUUCAAGCACACCUAUUGGCUCCGACGCCACUCUCAUCGGCAGCGCAAUUGAAACACUCCCAUCUCUUCCAGCCCUCCAGCCGCAGCCAAUCCUCCCACCGCGAAAUAACGAAAGUGAAGAAGUACCCCGAAAGUUCACUCGGCCCACCUCUCCCCCGCCUCCUCCUCGCUCGCCAACCCCACCUCCUCCAGAACUCCCAAUUAGCAAAGAGGACCUCCUUGCUGAGCAAAUCAUCUCUUCAAUCGGCGACGCUACCCCUUCACCUGUUAAAAAGCCGCGGCCAUCCCUCACGGAACGAGCCCGGAUGUCCAUGGCACACGCCAGCGCUUUCCAACUUCCCGAGACGAUCGAAGAGAGUCCGCCAUCACUACCACCAUUGCCCACAAUCCCCCAAGAGACCAUCCUGAACCGACGGGCAACCUUGGCCGAACGCACACGACAAUCCAUGGCCCGCGUCUCGUUAGCCCCGCAGCACAAAUCUCGGAAGUCCAUGUCGACAAAACGGCAAUCGGUCUUCCCAGUCAAUCAGUUCGAGACACCGCGGAAAUCGAUGGCGAUUGAGGAAGAGCCGAGAGGAGAUUCCACGCCGAAAGAGUAUCUGUUCAGCGAGAAGGCGGAGUACGAGAAUGUGUUUAAGAGUCGGCCGAAGAUCGCGGUAAGCCCCAUCCUCUCACCAGAGAACGCGGGUGAGGAUGGAGAUGAAGAGGACGAGCUGCCGAUGGACAGCAUCCUCGAAAUGGACAUGGAUGACUCAGGCCCGGUGGACAAUUGGGAAAGUAGCCCGUUGCGGAGGCCGGCGAUCAUGGAACGGGGUAGAGUAUAA